AUGCUGCCACACGAUAUUGUCAUUUUGAAUCUCGUCGGCGAUAUCCUAUCGCUUGUAGGGGGAUUUCUGAUCUUAACCACACUCCUAUUACUGAGUGUGUGGCGAAGAGAAUCAAUCCGUGAUGAUCUACGCUCACUUAUCAUCUUAUCUCUUAUUACUGCUGACACCGCCAAUUCUCUCGUGAAUCUAAUCACUGGUAUUACAGUACUACACGGCAACAAGCUAGACAAUGGCAUGUUUUGUACCGUCACUGGAUUUAUAGGGCAGGCAACUGUCCAGAGCAGUGACUUUUGUGUGGUUUUAAUGGCACUAGUCUCGUACGCAACGUUUAAUCCGAAUGGAUCAAGGAUACUGGCCUGGGUACAAUCUAAACCAUGGGUCUUGAUACUUCCAAUAGCUAUCAUACCCCUAGUCACGGCCACCAUUGCCCUGAUUCCAGGCUACGAGAAGGCAUCAUUCUCUUGGUGCUGGAUUUCAACAACUCCCGUAUACGCACGUUACACUCUAUCCCAUGGCUUACGAAUCGGAAUAAUGAUUACCCUGCCCUUCUUAUAUGGUGCUAUCUACCUUAGAAUUCGACUAGCAUACCAAGAUGCUCGUGAACGUAGUCUCGCUCGACAAGCCAUUGAAGCUGAAUGGGACGCUGAUAUAACGCCAACGAAAUCGUCACAGGAUACCGACAUCUAUGUAGACGAAUGGUCUGACAGUGAUACUAUAAUCACUCUCCAUCGACAGGGAUCCGCCAGUAAAAUGCAUAGACGUAAUACAGCAUCGGAUCGAGGGUCUUCUAUUGAAAUCAAUAAGGUGACGCAAUUGAGGCAUGCUAUGAGGCUUAUGAUUGUCUUCCCGGUCAUAUACUUUGUGCUCUGGAUUCCAGGAAUUGUGGAUCGCCUCUAUGUGGCUAUAACUGGAAACACGACUCUAUUAUUAGAAGCACUUCAAUGUGCUACACAAUUCAUUGGACUCUUCAAUGCCAUCUUGUAUGGAUUGAAUCCAAAUGUUCGAUCUGGUUUGAAGCAGUUUUGGGCUGAGUUUUGGCAUGAAAGUGAUAAUGUUUUUCGUGAAUAA